AAGCGCGCGCGUCUGGAGAUCGCCUCAAUAUCUCGAUAUGUUCAAGUGCCACUGCGUGCAUUUGGGAAUAUAACACUAACAUUUCGUUUUUGGAGCAUCUUUGCCCGUCCUUUUGCUCAAAGGAAUUUUGAUGUUACCAACAGAAAUCUCCGGAGGAGUGUGUUUCAGCACAAGUCAGCACUCCAAAGAAAAAAGGAACGGAAUGAAAACAGAGGAAAACCAAUCAUGUCUUCAGCAGGCCCCCUUCGCCACUCCUUACGACAGUGUUGGAGGAGGUGAGGUGUGUGCAGGAUGUGAGUCUCCCAUCGCAGACCGUUUCCUCCUACGUGUAAAUGAACUGUCCUGGCAUGAGACCUGUGUCAAGUGUGCAGUAUGUCGCAGUGUGUUGAGUGGGACCUGCUAUUGUCGGGACCGCUUGCUUUACUGCAAGCAUGACUACGAGAAGUUGUUUGUGCGGAAGUGCAGUGCGUGUCUGCAGGCGAUCGGACGCUCAGAGCUCAUCAUGCGUGUGCUGGGGCAGGUGUACCACCUGGGCUGUUUCAGCUGCUGUGAGUGUGAGCGCCGGCUGCAGAGAGGUGAUGAGUUUGUGCUGAAGGAGGGACAGCUGCUCUGCCGGGGAGACUAUGAAAAGGAGAGAGAGAUGCUGGCUGCUAUCAGUCCGGCUCCUACUGAGUCAGUAAAGAGUGAGGAUGAGGAGGGUGGUGGUGUCUCUGUUGGGGGGAAAGGCGGGGAUGAUGGGAAGGAACAUAAGAGAUCCAAGAGACCACGUACUAUCUUGACCACACAACAGCGACGCGCAUUCAAGGCGUCUUUCGAGGUGUCUUCCAAACCCUGUCGAAAGGUGAGAGAAACUCUUGCAGCUGAGACUGGACUGACUGUGAGAGUCGUGCAGGUGUGGUUCCAAAAUCAAAGAGCAAAGAUGAAGAAGAUUGCUCGCAGACAGCAGCAGCAGCAACAGCAGCAAGGACAGGAGCAGAUGGGGGGGACUAGGAGGGGGCCGAGCAGAGGGGGACGCCAGAGUAAUGAUGACAGUGAGGAUGGCUCCAGCAGUCACGGGUUGGAUGGGCUGCUUUCGUAUUCCUCUCUGCCCCGCCAACAACUGCUGGCUUUGGAUCCAAACAUAUACGGGGGUGAACAGUUCAGACAUGGGCUCACGACACCACAGCUAGGCCCUGAGCAGAUGCACUCCUAUGACUCAGAAACAGUAUUUCAUGACUUGGACAGCGAUGGAAGUCUCAGUCACCUGGGCGACUGUCUCUUGUCAACUGCAGAAGGUGGCAUUCUGGCUGGACGAAUAGGAAAUCCCAUUGACCGCCUCUACUCAAUGCAAAACUCCUACUUUACCUCAUGACCCAUCCAAAACCUUGUUUUCACCAUCCUAAACUGCUUCAUAACCACAACAGGGGGCAUCGGAUAGAUUGUGUCUCACUGGAGCAUCUCUCAUCAUCAAAUCUACCUGGAACCCACAAACAGAAGAAUCAUAUCUUAGCCCUGCCAAGAAAGAUCUAUAAUGGGCCUACAACCAUUAAAAUGAUACAGGAUUUGAUCAUAUCCAAAAAAAUAAUGGGCAGCACAUUUUCACUGGAAUUACGCCAUUUUUGAGUGUAUUACUCACAUGUACACAUUUUAUGUAAAAGUCAUAGGGAUAUUACAGACAUCGACAGACAGCUUGUUCAUGAAGUAUAUGUUACCUCAUCUUUUAUUCACUACUGACAAAUUAAACCCCAUUUUACACACCUUCCACUCAGAAUGUUUUCACAUUAUAUGCCAUUUUUACAUAGGAAUGGGCAUCUAUUCAAAUCUUAAACAAAAGGAGUCUAUCAUGCCGGUACAAUUUAAAUCAAUAUAACUUAAAUAAAUUGAUCAUAUUUUAAAUAACUAAAAUAGGUUUAUUAAAGUAAUACAUUAAUUCAGUACCUUAACAUUAAAGGAGUAUUCCGUGUUCAUCGUAAGCUGACAACUUUUAUUGUAAGUGUCUCACUGUUACCUAGAUUUUUGCGUUUUCUUUUUUAAAAGAAAUGAACAGAAGAGUUUAAAUAUUUUUUUGUGGUAAUCAACAUAAUGCCACAAAUGCUGCCGAUUAAACAAAGUCUUUCUAGCAAGUCAGUCCACUGGCGGCCAUCUUUGGAACGCUCUCGGGAAGCUAUUUCCAGUCAUGAAAGAGCAUCUCCUAUGUACUUGAAUGGGGAAAGACCGAAAUCUCCAAAACAAUCUCUGCUAAAUUCUCUCUGAUUGAACAAAACUUGAAUUGAACCAGAAAUAUUCCUUUAAAGAGAUAGUUCAUGCAAAAUUUAAUUCUCUAAUCAUUUACGCACUCUCAUGCCAUCCCA